GCACUGCGGUCGCUGCCUCGGCUGCUGAGUUUUCCACACCAUUUUCUCGGCUGGAAAAUGCAAAUUACGAACGAAUGAAAGUGUUGUCGCCGACUAAAGAAUAGGAACGUGACCGAGUCAUUGGGAAAAUAAGCUAAAUUUGUACUUUGAUUACGGGGCUGGCGAAGAAAGUUUUGCCUGUCUUAUCGGUGGGUAAAAUCGAGACCAACAUUAAGCAAUUUAUGAUCUUUCAAGUGAAGAGUGAUUUUUUAUAUGAACAAUGUGCCAAGAAAAGGCCAAAGCAGCUAAUUAAUGAGCCGGCUCCAGUGCGAUGAAUGAUGAAUGAUGAAUGAUGAAUGCUGAAUGUUGGAUGAUGGCCCCAGCGGAGCACGCCAUGCAACACCUCGCGAUCGCAGCUGCCACUUCCCCGAGCACUUCCAGCUCCCACUUCUAGCCUAUGCAAAAUGUGUGGGGCCGAGGCUGGUGUAAUUCGCUAACAUGCUGGAAAUUAACGUUCAUUGCGCCUAAACUGAUUGCAUUCACUGCUAAUUGCCCACAAAUUGCGCGCUCCUCCGCCGCCAAAAAAUAGGAAAAUCAAAAAAAAAAAAACAAAAACAAAAACCAAUAAUAACCAGUGAACAGUGAGCAGUGAGCAGUGAACAGUGUAUUGCAAAUAGCGAUUUGCAUCCGCGGCAGCGGCAUUCCGUGAGUGUUUAGCACGUCCAGCCCCCCAGGAGGAGAAGGAGGAUGGUCACCUGCAAGGUGGACUCCCAAACCGCGGUGGCUGUUCCCAAAAUGAAUGCGUCCCGGACCCGCGCAAAGCAAUUGCCCAUCGUGGGCAACAACAACCACAGCCACAGCCACAGCCACACUAAUAGCAACUCUUCCGGCUUUCGGCUCCUGGACGGCGACCAGCUCGAAAACAAUUCGAGUGUCAGCCGCAACUCCAUCUACAAACUGAAGAUCGAUCUGAUGUUCGACGAUUCCAGAUCCAUGCGAAGCAGCCGCCUCGACGAUCCCCGGGGAUCGCAUCGCACCCGCUCCAUCAUCAUGUAUGGGCGCAGUGAGUUGGCCAGCAACGCGGGCGACACGCCCCGCUCCUUGAGCAGCUUCCUGCAGGACAACGGGCAGUCGGCCAAGGUGCUGGCCGAGGCGGCCAAGAAGGACGUACAGCGGAUCAGCAACAGCGUGCAGGCCCAGAUCGAGCAGCUGUUCACGGACGUGGCCAAGGACGCGACCAGCAGCUUCGAGGUCACCUGCCUGGGCGCGCUGCCGCUCAAGGACAAGGUGACCAGUCUGCAGGGUCUGCAGGAGCCACUGCGUCAGCUGUACCUCAGCGAGGUGACCAAGAAGCAGAAGCUCAACUCCGGAUCACUGGAUAUCUGCGCCACCGGACUGAGGGUGAAGAUCAGCGCAUUGGCCCUCGCCAAUGGAGCCGGGAAUCCGGAGGACAGCGAGGCCCUCAUCACGCCCUUCCACAACAUAGCCGUGUGGUCGGCGGUGAAGUUCGUCAUAUCCGAUGAGGACGGUGGCGCUGCCUUCUUGCCCCUGAUCACCGAUCCAGAGAACAUUGACAAGACUGCCCUGUUCCAGCCACUGAGCUCCAGCGAACAGCUGGCGGUGGAGCACAGCAUCCAUGUGCACGCGCCCAUCUUCGCGGUGGUCAUGCGCUCGGCCAGCUCGCCCAAGGUGCUCGAGUGCCACGGAUUCAUCUGCAAGAGCACCGAGGACGCCAUCGUGAUCGCGGCCACACUGUACCAGAGCCUGAUGGCCCACGUGAGCACCAGUUCGCGGCGCAACACCCAGCGGAGGACGCCGCGCCAGCAGAACGGGGUGAGCUGCAUCAGCAUCGCCAGCAGCUCGGCACUGGCCAGCUCCAACUACCUGUCCCGCUCCCAGAUCCUGCCCAGCGCCAGUGGGCGGCGCAGCUCCUUCCGGGGCAGCACUGGCGGGGGCGGGGCUCCAUCCCGUUCAGGACGCAAGAAGCGGGUGUCGAACAGCUCCUUGAGCUCGCACAGCAAUGUCAUCAACGAGGCUGCCGAGCUGGAGACCUCCACGGAGGAGCGGCGCCGCAAGUCGCACAAGUCGAAACGGGCGCCGCCAGUGCCCACCACAGUGCCUGGCUCUGGUGGCCACACCAGGAGCGGCGGUGGCGGAGGCGGAGGAGCAGGUACCCCAUCCCGCAGCGGCAGCAUAGUGUGCGGCAAUGGCCAUGUGACCCGACUCCACCAGAGCUCCCAUCCCGGCAAGAAGCCGUCGGCGGGCACGGAGCUAUCGACCGGUGGUGUCGAUGGUGGCACACCGGCCAACGGUGACAUCCUCACCCGGGUGGCCAUUCCCAGAUCCGGCAGCUUCCUCAACACCGGCGGACUGACGCGCUACAAGUCGCGGGCGGCGAGACGCCAUUCCGGCAAACUGGGCGGCGGUGGCGGCGGCGGAGGAGGGUUUGGCCUGGUUGAUUGGCAUCGCUUGACUUGUGCUUCUAGUUCCCCACUUGGUUUCAGCGAACUGUUUAACGAAUUUCGCCUGCACGAGAACCUGCACUCGCUGGACGACAUCCUGUACGCCAUCAUCGACGCCGACGGCAUGUCCUUCAACGACCUGAAGCCCAUCUACAAGGAGUUCUUGCUCAAGCUGGCCGUCACUCUCACCCAGGACGAGCUCUUCCAGCGCUCCAAGAACAUCAUGCGGCGUCAAAAGAAGAAGAAACAGAAGCGGAGGCCGAGUGUUAAUGGAUCGCAGAAGAAGUCGAAGAGCAGCUUUUUCGGCACCAAAUCCCUGAAGAAGGUCUUCCAGCUGGGCCAGUUCCGCUCGUGCCGCGGCAAACUGUCCAAGCCGACGGCGAAGGCCAAGGAGGCCACUCUGGACAGCCAGGGCAAGCGCAGGAUCAGUCCGCCCAUCAUCAUCGGGCCGCCCAUCACCCACUGCCACGCCCAGCAGCAGCACCAGCGCAACAGGGCGGCCACCAGCGGCUCCGACGUAUCGGUGGUGCGGAACGAGCACACCCAAGGACUCAACCGGAACAGCAGCAGUGGAUACGUCUCCUGCUCGGAGUGCAGCUACGACUCCGAGUCCUGCGCCUGCGCGUCGGCCGAUCGCUGCUACUGCAGCCUGCGCACGGAGCACCUGAACCACAAGCUGCGCCAGAAGAACGAGCGCAACAUGGCCCUGGCCACGCCCACCCGGAAGAACUCGAACGGUGGGGUGCUGUCGCAAAACGGGGCCGGCACCUUGGCCACCAACAGGCACUCGCUGAUCUCGUGCCGCUCCGACGACAAGUGCUACUGCUCCAUGGUGGAGGAGGAGCCGGCCAGCUCGAUGGAGCGGGACUCGGCCCACAACUCGCACACGGAGACGACCACGUCCUGCGACUCGGACAGCUGUGUGAGCGCCAGCAAGUGCUACUGCAAGCGGACGCAUCGCCGUCAGCGCUCCUCGGCGGCGGCGGCCACGAUUAGCGAGGACUCACUGUCGCAGCAGCAGCGCAAGUCCAGGACGAGCAACGCGGGAAAAGCGGCAAACGGAGCUUCGCGCAAGACGAAGCCGUCGGAGAAGCUGGGCCUGGACUACGAGCUCUUCAGCAUCAGCGGCAGUGGCCAGCCGGUGCAGCCGCACGAGGCGCUGAGCGUGAAGAAGAGCGUGGAGGCGGCGGCCGUGUUCGCGGACAUGAAGCUCAGCCAGACGACGGACAUCAAGAGCCUGUGCCCGGCCAAGGGUGCGGUAUCGCGGGUGGGCAGCUGCCGGUCGAACGCCUCCUCGCGGCGGUCCUCGUACCGCACCCGCGACUCCUUCAGCACGGGCCGGAUGGCCAUGCCAAUGCCAAUGCCAAUGCCCAUGCCAGUGGCAGUGCCAGUGCCAUUGCCCCUGCCGCCGCUGGGCAAGUGCAUGGGCAGUGCCGACAACCUGCUGGCCAACCUCAAGGCCAUGGAGGCCAAGGCCGCCUCCGUGCGCAGCAGCGCCAGCAGGAGCCGCAUGGGCAGCUACCAGUCGAUGCGGGCGGUGAGCGCCUCCCUGGAGGACUCGCUGGGGUACUUGCCAUAGACCGGGAUUCCACUUCACUCGGAGUUACGCACUAGAUAGCAGAUAAGCUAAUACCUAAAUUAUACACUUGCAUACUCAUUAUCCUAUAUCAUAUAUAUAUAUAUACUAUACUAUACUCCCUCGGACGGCUUAUGUUUCCCAAGGCAAUUGUCAAUGCUGACCGAUCAAUUACCUUGCGAAACGUAAUCAUUUGUAGCCCUAAGUACCGACUAUUGAAGAACAUUCAGUGUGACUUUAUCUUUAAGAACCUAACCGUAGAACUCGAGGUGCAAUAUGAAGACCAACCAUGUGGGAUAUCACCAGUCCCAGUAAUUUAAUGCAGUGCAAUAUUUAUAGCUACUACUAUUAAAAAUAAACGCAAUUUUUUAUAUCAACUCAA